AUGGCGACGACCAAAAACAGUGUGGUUAUUGAACAACGCCCUUCGAAUGAUGAGAGUCCACGCGAUGCAGAAAGCCAAGUAUGGGAAAACUCAAUUUUAUCAAAACUCUGUACUGACAGAGAGCGUCUGGUGGUUCUUAAAAUUGAUUUCCUGCUGUUGACAUGGGCAUUUGUUUCUGGUUUGACCAAGGACAUGGACCAGUCUGCAACUACCCAGGCAUAUGUUUCAGGGAUGAAGGAGUCCCUCGGUCUUUAUGGCAAUGAACUCGUGGAAUUCACAACCUUCUUUUCUAUCGGAUACGCUAUAGCAAUCGUGCCGUCGCAGCUGACGCAAACGAAGAUUAGGCCAUCUAUAUGGCUGCCAACCUGCGAAAUUAUUUGGGGUGCAUUAAAUCUGGCUACAUUUGCCGCAAAGAAUGCAAAAACAGUAUAUGCAUUGAGAUUCUUUUUGGGGGUUUUCGAGUCCACCUCUUGGCCGGGCCUUGCCAGUCUACUCUUCAACUGGUAUACUCCCCAGGAGCUGGGAACACGCCUGGCAAUCUUCGGUGUCAGUGGCACGGCAGGCAAUAUGUUCCUUGGGAUUUUACAGGCAGCCUUAUACAAGAACCUAGAUGGCGCAGGCGGACUACAAGGAUGGCAAUGGCUGUUCAUAGUCACGGGUUGUAUAACGAUGGCAUGGGGCAUGCUUGGCCUGUUCAUUAUCCCCGAUUCUCCCAGUAUCACCCGGGCGUUGUGGUUAACAAAGCGCGAACGCAUAAUUGCUGUAGACCGCAUGGCGAGCCAUGGGAUUAAGACGAAUGAGCUUGUCAAUCGGCAAGUUGUUCUGGAGAAGAUUCGUGCUCUCCUGAAAACCCCAUUGAGCUGGCUCUAUAUAGCUGCAUAUCUUCAAUAUGCAUGGAGUCAGAGGUGCAACUCAUAUUUCUUGCUAUACCUUAAGGGCCUAAAAAAUGAUAAUGGUGAACAGCUAUAUAGCACGUACACUGUCAACCUCAUCCCCUUGGGCGGAUACGCAAUCUCAAUCGUCACCAAUGUCGGUCUCAAUUAUCUGAGUGACAAGAAGCAAUGGCGAUGGCAAGUGGCCGUCUCUACAGCGCUGCUGCAAGUCCUCUGCUGUUCUGUCUUAUCUGCCUGGCCCGACUCCACGCCGACAGUCAUGGCCUUCUACUUCAUGACCUUUGCUACCAGUGGGUGGGGGUAUGCACUACUAGCUUGGAUUGGCGAGAUCCUUCGCAAAGAGCCCGAAGUCCGAUCAAUCCUCGUAGCCCUAACUGUUACGCUUGUGUACGUUGGCCAUGCGACAAUUCCACUUCGUAUUUGGAGAACGUCAGAUAGUCCGCGGUAUCCUAUUGGAUUCCCGUUGUCGGCUGCUUGGGCAGCCGGAAGUAUUGUUUCAAUGCUGGGAAUUGAAUUUUACAUCAGGAGGCACCCGCAAAUUCUGGAGAAUGGGCUUAGUGGGGCUCCACUGGAAGAGGAUGGGAGAUCAGCUAGGGAUAUCUUAAAGGACACAUGA